AUGUCCGCGGGCGGCUCUCUCGCCCACUAUUAUGUGGACCCGCUGGUCGGCCAUGAGGAGGAGGAGAUGUUCCCGAGCAGAUUGGCCGCCCCAGCCGCCUCGCUCCCCGCCGCCGGUGUGAUGGGCGACUACGUCGAUUACCCGCCCUGCAGCUUCGCCCCCGCCAGCCCGCCCCUCUUCGCCAACCCCUGGGUCCGGGCGCCACCGCCACACUCCCUCUCCGGCGGCGGCGGCGGCGGCGGCGGGGGCGGCGGCGGCGGAUGCGGCGGCCUCUACCGCCCUUACCCCCAGCAGCCGCCGCACCUGCGAGCCGACGCGAGGUUCGUCCGCUCCUGCUGGCUGGAGCCGCUGGUGGCCGGACCGUUGUCCCUGCACGGCUUCCCCGGCGGCGGGCCCGGCCCCGGCGCGAGACACCUGGCCGCCAAGCCCGGGAGCGUGGCGGCGGCGGCGGCGGCGGCGGCGGCGGCGGCGGCCCCGCCCCGUGGGGGCGAGAGCGCCAGCUCCGCCGGGGGUCGACGCUUCACCGACUACCUGUACGGAUCCCCGCCCGACACCGUCUCGCAGUGUCUCCCGGUGUCCCCGCCGGUGGCGGACAACUUGCAGGCGGCCAAGAGGCAGGAGGACGCGGAGGAAGUCGAUCCGAGCAGCCAGGCGGCGAGUUGGAUACACGCCCGGUCGGCCCGCAAGAAACGGUGCCCUUACUCGAAGUAUCAGACGCUGGAACUGGAGAAGGAAUUUCUCUUCAACAUGUACCUAACCCGGGACCGACGGUACGAAGUGGCUCGCCUCUUAAACCUGACCGAGCGGCAGGUGAAAAUCUGGUUUCAGAACCGGAGGAUGAAAGUUAAAAAGCUAAACAAGGGGAAGGUUGAGAAACCGUAG